CUAAUGCCUAAUGUUGUUUCCUGUCUCUAUAUUCUGUUGGAAAACGUACUUGGAUUUUGUUCCAUUGUGCUGGGAUAGAAAUCUACAGAUCUCUCCAGGUGAAAGGGGAAUCAGCUGACCAUUUCAGCACAAACACUGACCUUCCAGAGGUGUGAGAGGAAUGUCACUGGUUAUUGAUUUCUGAAACUCUAGCCAGAGAAAUAAAAAGACAUCAGCAACACUGCUCUCAGAAAAGGACAACAUCUGCAGCACCAUGCCUUCCAUGCUGGAGACAAUGGCAGGAGUCCCCUCUCCUCAAUUUCUGUAUCUGUUUAUUGGCUUCUUCUUUAUCUGUGGGCUACUGAAAGUCCUUCAGCUGUUCUGGAGGAAGAAGCAGCUGCUCAGCACCUUCAAGCAUUUCCCAGGCCCUCCCAGCCAUUGGUUUUUUGGCAACAACAAAAUGGUCAUUCAAGGCAAUGAACUCAAUAAGAUCUUGGAAUGGGCAGGAAAAUAUCCCUAUGCCUAUCCUAGGUGGUUUAGUGGCUUUGCAGCUAUCUUGAUUGUCAACCAUCCAGAUUAUGCCAAAACUAUAUUUGGCCGUGCAGAUCCCAAAUCUAUGAUCCCUUAUCAUUUUUUCAUCCCUUGGAUUGGAAAAGGGCUUCUAGUCCUAGAUGGACCAAAGUGGUUUCAGCACCGCCGCCUGUUAACUCCAGGGUUCCACUAUGAUAUUUUGAAACCUUACAUAGCACAGAUUGCAGAUUCAACAAAAGUCAUGUUGGAUAAAUGGGAGAAGCUCAUUGCCAAAGACAACAGGACGUCUGUGGAGAUUGUGGAAUACGUCAGCUUGAUGACUCUGGACAGUAUCAUGAAAUGUGUCUUUACUUCCCAGAGCAGCAACCAGACGUGCAAAGAGUUGGAUCAUUACAUCAAAGCUGUUUAUGACUUGACCUAUCUGGUGGCUCAAAGAAUACGUAACAUCUUAUAUAGGAAUGAUAUCAUAUACCCAUUCACUUCAGCUGGACGACAUUUCAUGAAAGCCUGCAGAUUGGCCCACAAAUAUACAGAAAAUGUAAUAGAAGAAAGAAAGAAAUCAUUCAGGGAGGAAGGCGAGCUCAAAAAAAUUCAAAACAGGCGAUACUUGGAUUUUUUGGAUAUUCUUCUAUCUGCUAAGGAUGAAAAUGGAGUUGGGUUAUCUAAAGAAGAUCUGCGUGCUGAAGUGGACACUUUUAUGUUUGAAGGUCAUGAUACCACAGCAAGUGGGAUCUCCUGGCUCUUAUAUGCAAUGGCCCAGAAUCCAGAACAUCAACAAAGAUGCAGGGAGGAGAUAAAGGAAACUCUGGGGGACCGUGACACUGUUCAGUGGGAUGACCUUGGAAAGAUGCCUUACAUCACCAUGUGUAUAAAGGAGAGCCUCCGUCUUUACCCUCCAGUCCCUGGAGUGUCUCGACAACUUAACAAACCUGUAACCUUUUGUGAUGGACGCACCUUGCCUGAAGGUGCAACCGUGUUCAUCAGUAUCUACUGUAUCCACCGAAAUCCAAGCAUAUGGGAAGACCCAGAGGUAUUUGACCCCACAAGAUUCUCACCAGAGAAGUCAUCUCACAGGCAUCCCCAUGCUUUUGUACCUUUUGCAGCUGGAGCAAGGAAUUGCAUUGGACAGCAGUUUGCUAUGAAUGAGAUGAAAGUGGCCCUUGCUCAGAUCCUGCUUCAGUUUGAAGUUUUGCCAGAUCCUACAAAGCCUCCUAUUCCAGUCCCUCAGAUUGUUUUGAAGUCUGAAAAUGGAAUACACCUGUUUCUAAAGAAACUCAACUAACGUAGAGGUUUUUGUGUGUCUUUUAUGUGUGUUUGUAUAUGUAAGGCAAGGCAAUUUACAGGUUCUGACACCACUGAAGAUGGAAAGGGUUGCAUUCAGGAACUACUAUGAAAGAAACUCUGACAAACAUUAAUGUAGGAUCUGUCUCCAGAGCAGUACAUCACUGUGGUUGGUGUCACUUGGUGUGAUAACUCAUGGUGUCACCUGCCCAUUGAUCUCCUCUCAAACCACACCACACAGAAUCCUUAGUAAAAAAAAAUUGUAGCAAUAUUACUUGUAAAUCAUAAUUCCAUAUAUUAAUAACUGUAAUAGCAAUCAUUAU